AUGUAUAUGUUCAAGUAUAAAUUUGUCAGAAGCUGCUGGGUUUGUUUUGCUACCGAUGAGGAUGAUCGGACAGCAGAAUGGGUGAGACCCUGCAGGUGCAGGGGCUCUACGAAAUGGGUUCAUCAGACUUGUCUGCAGCGCUGGGUGGAUGAAAAGCAAAGAGGAAACAGUACUGCUAGAGUUGCUUGUCCUCAGUGCAAUGCAGAAUAUUUAAUAGUAUUUCCAAAGCUAGGUCCAGUUGUUUACGUUUUGGAUCUUGCAGAUCGACUGAUCUCAAAGGCAUGUCCAUUUGCUGCAGCUGGAAUAAUGGUGGGCUCUAUAUACUGGACAGCUGUUACAUAUGGAGCUGUGACAGUGAUGCAGGUUGUGGGUCACAAAGAAGGUCUUGAUGUCAUGGAGAGAGCUGAUCCUUUAUUUCUUUUGAUUGGACUUCCCACUAUCCCAGUCAUGCUAAUAUUGGGCAAGAUGAUUCGUUGGGAGGACUAUGUGCUCAGACUGUGGCGCAAAUACUCUAAUAAGCUACAAAUUUUGAACAGCAUAUUUCCAGGUAUUGGAUGCCCUGUUCCUCGUAUUCCAGCAGAGGCCAACCCUUUGGCAGAUCAUGUCUCUGCUACACGUAUCCUAUGUGGAGCUCUAGUUUUCCCUACUAUUGCUACAAUAGUUGGCAAGCUGAUGUUCAGCAGUGUUAACUCAAAUUUACAAAGGACAAUCUUGGGUGGAAUUGCUUUUGUUGCUAUAAAAGGAGCUUUUAAGGUUUACUUCAAACAGCAGCAAUAUUUGCGCCAAGCUCACCGCAAAAUUUUAAAUUAUCCCGAGCAAGAAGGAGCAUAAGACUGUGAUCUCCAGAUGUCAUACAGUCUCACCUAACAGGUUUCCAUAUUGUAUUGGUUCCAUCAUUAUUGCACAGUAGUGGAGAAUUGUGAUAAGUUGCUGCUCCUAUUUUUUUUUUUUUCUUUGAAUAUAAUAUAGCACUGUCUUGUGGCAGGGUAAAUCCUUUCAGCAACCACUGAACUGAAGAAUGUGACUUGGCUUUCAUUAUUUUUGGGUAUUUCUGUUGGGCACCAGGCUUCUGAAUUAUUUUCUUUGAGCCAAUAUGCUGAAUGG